UGUCCAUUUGAGUAAGUAAAAGUCAAUUGUUGCAUAAUUGUAAGUAUCUAUGGUCAGUAGCGACUAGUAGAAUCAUGUUUGCCGUUGGCAUGGGGAUUUAAUAAACUAUCUAGAUGUUGUUUUAGUGGAUAUGAUAUGUGAGAUAUUAUACUAUGAAUGUGAUUCUGACUUUGAUCUGCAUUUUAGUUGCAAAAUGGUGAGGGCUUGUAUUGUUUGUUGAAAUGCUAUUGUGAUUCUAUAAUGUUACAUAUUCUAGUGAUGGGAUAGAAAUAGAGAGGCUGACAGAGGAAGAAAAAGCAAUACUUAGGGAUUCUGAGUUUUUUGGAAGUUGAAAAUAUGGGAUGAUGAAAGGAAUUGGGCAUAUGCACAUUUGUGAAGGGAGUUAAUUUUUGGUAAGUUUGAAAGGUUAAUGCUGUUUGUCUGCAUUAUGGAGUGGUGACAAUGAGGGAGAAAAUGCUCUUGUUUUUGGAAAAAAGAAACUGGAGAGAAAGAGUGUGUGAACUCAAUUAGAGUUAGUGAAGUCUUCGGAUUAGUAGCUUUAUGGAUAUUUAUAUUAUAUGAGGGUUGGUUUCCUACCUGUCUAAGGCCUACCUAUGACACAUCUUAACCAAGCACUAUAAGAAUGGGGUCGGAGUAAUAAAAUAGGAAAAGUGGUUAAUUUGGUUUGGAAGAAGAGCCUACUAAUCUCAGCUGUUGAGCAUCUUGUGGCUGCAUGUUACAGCCUAGUUUGAGCCUUUGAGCGAAUGUUUGGGAGCUCUUAAUGGAAGGGUACUAAAAGGAUUGAUUCCUACAUUUGCUGAAGGAUCUUUAUUUUUCCAUGCAAAUGUCUUCUCAAGUUUGAUUAAGUGCCUCUGAUGCUAGUAGAGCUGAUUCUUGAUUGAAUAUAUUGGUUCCAAACUACUUUCUUCUUACUUUUUUUUUUCUUUUGUCAGGGGAAGGGAUUGCCCUUAAAAGUAUUUAAUUUUAAUAGAGAUAGUAUUCUUGAACAACAAUCUCUAUGCAACAAAGUUCUUGAUGCCACUAGCAAUGAGCCCUGGGGCCCUCAUGGAUCACUUCUUGCAGAUAUUGCAAUGGCUACAAGAAACUAUCAUGAGUAUCAGAUGAUCAUGGCUGUAAUCUGGAAACGUAUAAAUGAUACUGGAAAGAAUUGGCGCCAUGUCUACAAGGCUCUGACUGUUUUGGAGUACCUUGUUGCGCAUGGAUCGGAACGUGUCAUAGAUGACAUAAGAGAACAUGCGUAUCAAAUAUCGGCUUUGUCUGAUUUUCAGUACAUUGAUUCCAGUGGAAGGGACCAGGGUAACAAUGUCCGAAAAAAAUCUCAGAGCCUUGUGGUCCUAGUAAAUGAUAAAGAAAGAAUAAUUGAAGUAAGACAAAAGGCUGCGGCUAACAGGGACAAGUUUCGAAACACAUCAACGGGUGGAAUGUAUAGGCCAGGUUCAGGGGGAUAUGGUGACAGAUAUGAUUAUGAUCGUUACGGAAGCAGGGAUGAUGAUCCAAAUGGUUAUGGAAGAGAUCGGGAAUAUGGCUAUAGAGAUGAUGAUCGUUAUGGCAGAGAUUAUGAAGACCGCUACAGCAGAGACGGUUACAGGGAUGAUGACUAUGGAGGUAGAAGUAGAAGCGUUGAUGAUUAUCAAUAUGGCACAAGAAGUAGGAGCUCUGAUAGAGACCGUGCUUUUGAUGAGGAUGGUGAUCCAUCUCGGGGCAACGGUGCUAGAGCUGAUGAUCAUUCUCAGGAUGGAAGGCAGCUUGAGCGGAAGUUUUCUGAGCAAAAUAUUGGUGCUCCUCCUAGUUAUGAAGAAGCAGCAAGUGAAACUCGGAGUCCUGUCCAUUUGGAAAGGGAUGGAGAAACUUCAGUAGCAGCUGCUCCCAGGGCUUCUUCUCCUCCCGCUAGCAAUUAUCCUAACCGAGCAACCUCUGAUUUUGGUAAUUCAGCAUCUCCACCAAAUCAAAAAGUGGAGGCUUUUGAUGAAUUUGAUCCACGUGGUUCAGUUUCAGCUGCCCCUCCUACUGUUCCUGCUGCUACACCUGUCCCUGCUAAUGCUGUACCCACUGCUUCGACCAAUGCUGAAAUGGACUUACUUGGUGCUCUGUCUGAUUCAUUGGCCAUUGUGCCAACUACACCUGAAACCCCUGCUACUGAGGUUGAUGCCCAUGCAAACUCUGGUGCUAUACCCACCUUUGCUGCUAAUCAUUCAGCAUCUAACUUCGGAAAUCAGGGUUUUGAUGAUCCUUUUGGUGACGGUCCUUUUAAAGCUUUCCCUUCAACUGAUGCUGCCCCAGCUCAGCAACAAAUUUCUACUUCCAUGCCUACUUUCCAGCCUACAAUGAACCAAAAUGCAGAAGUUACUCAGCCACCUUCUGCAAAGUCCGAGACAAUCACAGACUUAAACUUUGGGGACUCAUUCUCUGCCAAUGCUUACUCUGUACCCAGUUUCUCCAGCAUUCAACCACCAUCAACAAACUCACAGUUUUUGCCUCAAGAACUGUCAACGCCAAAUCAGGAAAGUGAUAUAUUGGCGGAUAUUCUUCCACCUUCUGGACCUGUGGAUGGUGUGGCUUCACAUGCAGCCUUCUCAUCACCAACCAGCCAAUCUACACCACCAGUAGCUACUUAUGGCCAAACAGCACAGCCAGGUAGCUAUGCUCAACAAGCACAGUUAGGUGCUAAUAUGUACAGCCAACCCACACAGCCAAGUGCUAAUCCAUAUGGCCAACCUGCACGGCCAAGUGCUAACCCGUAUGGCCAGCCUGGACAGCCAACUGCUAACCCAUAUGGCCAACCUGGACAGCCGAGUGUUAAUCCUUAUAGCCAACCAAGUGCUAAUUCCUAUGACCAAUCCACACAGCCAAAUGCCAAUCCAUAUGGCCAAACUGCACAGCUAAAUGCUAAUCCAUAUGCCCAACCCACUCAACCAAGUUCGAAUAAUACAUACGGUAAUUUUAAUCCACAGACUGUGUCUAUGGCCCCUCAGAUUCCGGGGUCUGCUGCACAGAACAGCAAUGGGAGCUUCAUCUCGCAGAUAGGUUCGAAUGCUCCUGUCAGUUCGCACGUGGCUGCUCAACCUCAAAGUCCUGCUGGACAAGCUGCCCAGUUUAACUCUGGAAACUUCCUUUCACAGCAGGGUUCUGUUGUGCCAGUUACUUCUCAGAGUGCCCAUCAAACCACAAAUGCACUAGGUGCACAAAAUAACAAUGAUAUGCUAGGUGGCUUAUUUUCACCAGGAUCAAAAACUUCAAUGGUACCACAGACAGCUACACCCUCGUCAACAGGAGCACUGGCCAUCGUUCCACAACCGUCAAAGGAUAAAUUUGAGCCUAAGUCAGCAGUUUGGGCUGAUACAUUGAGCAGAGGACUGGUCAAUUUGAAUAUAUCUGGACCUAAAAUAAACCCAUUGGCCGAUAUUGGAAUCGACUUUGAUGCUAUUAAUCGCAAGGAAAAGAGGAUGGAAAGGCCUGCCCCAACUGCAGUAACAUCUACUGUCACCAUGGGUAAAGCUAUGGGAUCUGGGUCUGGGAUUGGUCGUGUUGGUGCUAGCGCUCUCAGACCUCCAGCAAAUCCUAUGGUGGGUAUGGGUAUGGGUAUGGGAAUGGGCAUGGGGAUGGGGAUGGGAAUGGGAAUAGGUGGUGGUCCUGUUGGAGGUAUGGCCAUGGGGGGCUAUGGUGGUAUGAAUCAACAACCUAUGGGCAUGGGAAUGGGGAUGAACAACAUGGGCAUGAAUGCGGGCAUGGGGAUGAAUGUGGGAAUGGGGCAAAGACCCCACAUGCAACCACAAACUGGAAUGCCUGGUAGUUAUAACCCUAUGAUGGGUUCCGGUGGCUAUUCUCAACAGCCAUAUGGUGGCGGUUAUCGAUGAGAACAACUUGCCUUCCUGGACGAGCGAGGAAGUUACAUACAUGCUUGUGAUAAGAGAGUAAAAGAGAUUGGAAUUGCUAAGCCUAGGAGUUGCUGUUGAAUCCCUGAGUCGAAGCUGUAAUUUUGUAGUCACAAUUCUCUUGGCAGUGGCCUGAUGUGAUCCAUUCAUUUCUAUUAUUUCUUAUUCUCGCUUAAGCUAUUGCACUGUUUGGGCCACGAGUUGUUUGGUUCAUUGCUGGUUUGAGCUAUUUGUGAAAUUGUGUAGCAGUGCGAACAACCUUUCUCAGGUUGUAUUUUUCCCUUUCCUCUAUAUAAUAUAUAUUUUUCGCCUGCCGAGUAUUUGUAGUA